CCUUUCGGACUCUUCCUCCUCUCCGAUCUGGAUCUGGGAGCCUGGAAGCAGCUUUCCGGGCUGGGCAGGAGCUGCAGGAUGGGCAACGCGGCCGGCAGCAUGGACCAGGCUCCGCCGAAGGAGACCAGGACUCAGGCACCAGCCACAGCUCUGCCCGCCAAGCAGCCCGCGCCCCCGAAGCAGCCCAUGCCCAGCGCGGGGGAGCUGGAGGAACGAUUCACCCAUGUGCUGGAUUCCAUGAACUUGCCGCCCGACAAGAUGAAGCUGCUUAGCCAGUACGACAGCGAGAAGAAGUGGGAGCUGAUCUGUGACCAGGAACGGUUCCAGGUCAAGAACCCCCCCUCUGCCUACAUCCAGAAACUGAAGAGCUACGUGGAUACGGGCGGAGUCAGCAGAAAGUUUAAGAGGCGAGUGCAGGAGUCCACACAGGUGCUCCGAGAGCUGGAGAUCUCGCUGAGGACCAACUAUAUCCGCUGGGUGCAGGAGUUCCUGAACGAGGAGAACAAGGGGCUGGACGUUCUGCUGGAAUACCUCGCCUUCGCCCAGUGCGCCGUCACGUACAAUAUGGAGAGCGCAGAUAACGGGAGCCCGGGCUCUGACAAGGGCAAGUCCCCGGACAGAUCCAUGGAGGACCUCAGCAAGAGCAACUCCUCGUCCCCCACACAGGGCUCCUCCAAAGCGAGGAACCUGACUAUCAGACUCAACCCGGUGCACAGCAGGAAGGCGCUGCGGAACUCGCGCAUCAUCAGCCAGAAGGACGACGUCCACCUCUGCAUCAUGUGCCUGCGCGCCAUCAUGAACUACCAGUCUGGAUUCAGCCUGGUCAUGAACCAUCCAGCCUGUGUCAACGAGAUCACCUUGAGCCUGAACAACAAGAACCCAAGGACCAAAGCCCUCGUCCUGGAGCUGCUGGCCGCCGUGUGCCUGGUCCGAGGAGGGCACGAUAUCAUCCUCGCUGCCUUCGACAACUUCAAAGAGGUCUGCGGAGAGAAGAAUCGCUUUGAGAAGCUGAUGGAGUAUUUCCGAAAUGAGGACAGUAACAUUGACUUCAUGGUGGCCUGCAUGCAGUUUAUCAACAUCGUGGUGCACUCGGUGGAGAACAUGAACUUCCGUGUCUUCCUGCAAUACGAGUUCACUCACCUGGGGCUGGAUGAGUAUCUGGAGAGGCUGCGUUACACGGAGAGUGACAAGCUGCAGGUGCAGAUCCAGGCGUACCUGGAUAACAUCUUCGACGUGGGCGCCCUGCUGGAGGACACAGAGACCAAGAAUGCUGUGCUGGAGCACAUGGAGGACCUCCAGGAGCAAGUGGGGCAGCUCACAGAGAAGCUCCAGGAUGCGGAGAACGAGUCAAUGGCCAAGAUCGCGGAGCUGGAGAAACAGCUGAGCCAGACGCGCCGUGAAGUAGAGACACUCCGGGAGCGGCUCAGCGAAUCCAGCAGCCAAGCCAGCUCCCCCCCGCAGCAGCAGCAGCAGCAGCAGCAGAGGCUGGCGGAGGCCCGGCCCUCGGCCUUGGAGCAGAAGCUGGAGGAGCUGGAGGAGAAAGGGUUAGUCCGGAUCCUGCGUGGGCCAGAGGGAGCCGUUGCCAUCGAGAUUGUCCCUGUUGUCAUGGAAACCACAGCAGUCCCCACGGUUACCGUAGAAGCCUCCGCCUCUCCCAGCCCAGAUUUCACAUCUCCUUCCAUUUGCUCCCCACUGCCGCCCCCUGCUGCUGCCCAGACGAUUCCUCCGCCUCCCCCACUGCCCCACACCGAAGACACUGACUCUGCCAACCUGCCUUCUCAGCAGCAAGCCCAACCUUCUGCACCCCCUCCAGCUCCACCCCUUCCUGGGAGCGACACCCCUCCGCCUGCCCCGCCCCUUCCCGGGGUCGAAAUCCCACCACCUCCUCCCCUCUCGGUGGAGGGUGGCCCAGCCCCUCCUCCCCCUCCGCCCCCACCCCUGGGAAUGCCAGCUGGAGAGGUCAGCGGCCCAACCCCAGCAGCCAGUUCAGCUGUCAAGAUCAAGAAGCCGAUUCAGACCAAGUUCAGAAUGCCCAUCUUCAACUGGGUGGCUCUGAAACCCACCCAGAUCAACGGGACCAUCUUCAACGAGCUCAACGACGAGAAGGUCCUGCAGGAACUGGACAUGAACGACUUCGAGGAGCAGUUCAAGACGAAGGCUCAGGGCCCCAGCUUAGACAUCAGCUCCCUGAAGGUGAAGGCUGCUCAGAAGGCCCCCAGCAAGGUGACGCUGAUCGAGUCCAACCGAGCCAAGAACCUGGCCAUCACGCUCCGCAAGGGCGGCCUCAGCAUCGACAGCAUCUGCAAGGCCAUCCAGACGUACGACUUGCAGAGCCUGAGCCUGGAUUUCCUGGAGCUGCUGCAGCGCUUCCUGCCCACCGAAUACGAGCUCACGCUGAUCCGCAAGUACGAGAAGGAGCAGCGGCCGCUGGAGGAGCUGUCGGACGAGGACGUCUUCAUGAUCAAAUUCAGCCGAAUCCCUCGCCUCGCCGAGCGCAUGAACAUCAUGACGUUCCUGGGCAACUUCAGCGACACCGCCCAGCUCCUGAUGCCGCAACUCAACGCCAUCAUCGCCGCCUCCAUGUCCCUCAAGUCCUCGACCAAGCUCCGCAACAUCCUGGAGAUCGUCCUGGCCUUCGGGAACUACAUGAACAGCAGCAAGCGUGGAGCGGCCUACGGCUUCCGGCUGCAGAGCCUCGAUGCGCUGCUGGAGAUGAAGUCAACGAACCGGAAGCAGACGCUGCUGCACUACAUCGUGCGGGUGAUCCUGGAGAAGUACCCGGAGCUGACGGGCUUCCACACCGAGCUGCACUUCCUGGACAAGGCGGGCUCAGUGUCCCUGGACAGCGUGUUGCAGGACAUGAGGGCCCUGCAGCGGGGCAUGGAGCUGACCCGCAAGGAGUUCCUGCGGCAGGACGACAGCCAGGUGCUCAAGGACUUCCUCAAGGCCAACACGGAGGUGAUGGAGAAGCUGCAGACUGACAGCAAGACCGCCCAGGAGGCCUAUGAGUCAGCUGUGGAGUACUUCGGCGAGAACCCCAAGACCAGCCCCCCCACCAUGUUCUUCCCCAUCUUUGUGCGCUUCGUCAAGGCCUAUAAGAAAGUGGAGCACGACAUCGAGCUGUGGAGGAAAGAGGAAGCAGCUGCCAAAGAAGUGGAGUCCAAUUCCCCCAGCAAGCCGGAGCCAAAGUCUCCUGUCCCCAAGGCCAAGCGCCAGCAGAUGGACAUGAUCGCUGAGCUGAAGAAGAAGCAGCUGGUGAAGGAGCCCCUCAUUUACGAGGGAGGAGAUGGUGCCAUUGAGGAUAUUAUUUCAGGUCUGCGGAACCAGCCGUACAGGCGCGGCGACACCGGCCGGUCCAGCGCCAAGAAACGACCCGCUGGGCAGAGCCUCCAGGUGACCUCUGACAUCUCGCUGUGACCGGCCCGCCUACAGCGAGGCCCUGCCUAGAGGAGGCCAGGCAGCAGUGCCGCUCUGCCCCGCCAGGGGAGACGGGGUGGAUGUGACCCACGGGGACUGGGCCACCAUGGCCACUGGCCUGAACCAAGGACUCUCACACCAGUGGGAGAAUCCCUGCUCGCAGCUUCCAGCCGCUUAACUGCUCCGAGCGCCAGCUGGUGCCAUGCACACCCUUCCCCCGCAAACCAGCCCUGCCCCCUGCACGUCUGGCACAGGGCUCUCCCCCCGGCCAGGCAGCCGCCAAGUCACUGGCGGGGGGGGGAGGGGGAUGUUGUGCGUGUGGCAGCUGUGCGUUGUGGUCUGUUCUAGCCCUGCCUUCCUGGGGCCUGGCAGCCACUGUCUGGCUUGGCGGGUACAGUCCAUGGGCUGCAUCUUGUCCUGUGACCUCCCCUCCCCUGGCCUGACUGGCCGCCUCCUGCUGCGGGGGAGCUGACCCCGACCCCAGCCCCCGACUAGGCCGUGACACUGCUUUGCUCCCUGCCCUGUUCUGAGCGGUCGUGAGGACAGAGCGCCCAGGGGGGCCUACAGGGCAGGGAGAGCACAGACCCUCUUGGCUGGCAGGUGGGAGGAGGUUGACCAGCCGUCCUGCUCCGAGGGGCUUUGUCUUACAUAUGCACCUCUGUCCCCAAGAGUCUCACUUGGAUCAUGGGAGCAGCCCCUCUCUCAUCCCCAGGAACCAGGGAGGCUCAAUCAACAGGGGCAGAGCAUCACUCUUCCUCAUGUCACCACAAGGUGUCACCCUUUCCCCAUAACAGCUGCAACCCCCCAAGGCUGGGCUGGUGCCGCAGCUCAGACCGAGUGCCCGCAAUGCCCUGGGCCGGGCUGGAGCCCCUUGUACGGCUAAGCCUUGCCCAGGCAAUGAGUGACAGUCCGACCAACUGGCCUGGGCACGUCUAGCAAAGCCCUAAGCGCACACAGCUGGCUGCACGGGUGCCCCUAUUGCCAGCUGUGCCAUCCUGGCUGCAGCGCAGGCACGUGGCCCUGGCCAGCUGCAGCAACCCCGGGCGCAGCGUGUAACCCGCAGCCAGCUCCAGCGAGGCCUGGGUGCUGCAGCUCCCCCGCCCCGCGGCUCACGCCUCAGACCCAUUCGCUGCUGGCCUGGCGCAGGCCCCUGCUUGCUGGAGGAGAGGCGCCUGCUGGCACAGCAGAGCUCUUCGUUCCAAGGGGCGUUUACCACUGUGCUAGCCCCCUUCCCGCGCCCUGGCUCAGGGCUCACAGCUGCCGGGGCUCGUGCCCGGCCAGCGCUGUGGGCGCUUCCUGCUGUAAUUAAGAGGCAAAAUGCCAACUGCUUGGUAUCACUCCCAGCCGCUCAUCACAACGCGGGGGUAGGGGGUGGGAGGGGGGAAUGAAUGUGUAACUUAUACUAUGCCUUGAAGAACCAGGCCCUGCUCCUUUGUAGACAUUAUUUUUAUAUCCUGGCUGGGAGGCCUGGUUUAAUCCAGCGCCGAACUGCUAAUAAACCCACUACGGCGCCAGUGCCUGGCUGCUCCCGUGCGGCCUCCUCGGCCAGCGUGUGAAACGGCGCCUCCAUCCCUUGGUGCGUGCAGGGCUGGGGUAGGAGGUUGGGCCCAUGGGGGUGGUGGUGUUGAGCUGACAGCCUGGAGCUCUGUGCGCUCAAA